GACCGGAAGUUGUAGUUCUGAUGGACUUCCUCUCAGGCACAUGUGAAAAACCUUGUUUUUUUCUGGAUAUUCGUAAUCUAAACGUGUCUACUACCUACCUAGUUAUAUGGGCCUCCAAUUGUAGUUUCUGUAAGCUUUGAACCAGGCCCUCAGAAACGUCAAAAAUGGAACGCAAGGAGAGGAUGACCACCGAAGUUGAGGAGUCGCAGAUGACAGAGGAAGACGUGUUAGCUGCUGAUAACUCGGGAGAACAGAACCAGACUGUGGAGGAGGAUGACGAUGAGGACGAUACUGAUGGAGAAGACAACGACGACGAUGAUGACGACGAUGAUGAAGACGAUGAAAACAUAGAUAAGUCCCGGCAAGGACAGGGUGAUAAUGGAGUAAAAAAAUAUAAAGUUCCACUAGGGAAGAAGACUCUUCCAGGGAUUGUGUACCUAGGUCACAUCCCUCCCAGGUUACGUCCCAAGCACAUGAGGAACAUGCUGGGUGUUUAUGGGGAGAUUGGCAGAGUCUUUCUGCAGCCGGAGGACCGUUCAGUGAAGAGGAAGAAGAAGAAAGCAGGCUCCAAAGCCUGCAGCUUUACAGAGGGCUGGGUGGAGUUCAGGGACAAACGUGUGGCGAAGAGGGUGGCAGCCAGCAUCCACAACACAUCCAUGGGCGCCCGCAAACGAAGCCGCUUCCACAGCGACCUGUGGUGCAUCAAGUACCUGCACAGAUUCCAGUGGUGCCACCUGAGCGAACGACUGGCGUACGAGCAUACAGUCCUCCAGCAGCGCCUCCGCACCGAGAUCUCCCAGGCCAAGCGCGAGACCAACUUCUACCUGGCCAACGUGGAGAAGAGUCAGGGCAUGGACAAGCGGAGGAAGCAGAGGGAGAGGAAGGGCGAGACGGUAGAGGAGAAGACCUGGGACUUCACCCAGAGGAAAACGGAGGAUGAGAUCCAGAUGAGCCGCAUGAAGAGGCAGGGCCUGUCCAAGAAGAACCUCCAGAAGGCCCAGGACAAGGCCAAGGUGAUUCAGGAGAAGUCCCAGUCCAACGUGUCGUUGCUGGCCAAGAUCUUCAAUAGCGGUAAGGGCCAGAGCUGAGGGCACCGUCCGCUAAAGAUCUACACAGAUCAAAUGCUAAAAAUGGACUGUGUGUCGUUCGUCAGAAAGACACCAGAGGGGGGUGUUGUGUGGAGGUAUUUAUACCUCUGUGGCAGGGAGGCAGAUGUGAGGUAGCCCAGUACAUAUGCAGGGUUAAACAUUUUCUGUCAAAGGCCUAUUAAUGGCUAUACAUUUGUAAUGACUGUGCAUGAAUUGGUUGUCUUUACAAUUGCAUUGAACCGUGCCUCUGUAAUAUAAACAAAUGUCAAUAAAAAUAUUGACAGUAAA